AUGGUGAAUCAGACAAGGCAAGAAGUCCUUCAUAGUUGUAAAUGGGGUGGCUGCAAAGAAAAGUUCAAUUCUAAUUUAUCGUUAUGGAAGCAUGUCGAACAACACGUUGAUAAUGCAAUACCUCGUUUAACACACAUGGUGAACGAUGACGACGAUGCUCCUGCCGCUCCUGUCACGGCGCAGUAUAAUAAUAAUACGGGCAUGACAUCAAAUAAUUCUGCUGCGACUUCACGAGUAAAUCGAUCUCAUAUCGUUCAACCCCAUACAAAUACAGGUAGAAUCAAUCCUACCAUGAAUGUAAAUUUAAUGAGACCAGUUUUAAAUUUACAAAGUUCGCAUCAAACACGACCUCCUCAGUUACAACAGGUUUCUCAUAUGUUAACACAAGUAAGUCCAACCAUAACCUAUAAUACUAUUGGUGUACCACAAUUCGUGAAUACAUCACAAAGGAACCAACCUUCUGCUGGUCAAAUUCAAAUACAGACAGCGUACCAGCAGCAUCUUUCAACGUCAGCACAAAAGCCUCAACUCCAACAACGCCAUCAUCCAAGCGUUUUUACAUCGUUGUUGGCCCUGCAGUAUUCUCAACAACAACAACAAAUAUCUAAUUUCGUGAUGGAUGUUGAUUCGCCUGUUAAUGUUAAUCAUCAAAGAUUGGGUCGUCCUCCAGCUUUUACGAAUAACGAUUCCGUUAGAGCAACUCAAAUGCAAAAAAAAGUUGUUAAUUUAAAUAUGAAUUCACAAUUUUUAAGUCAAAAUACAAAGAAAUAA